CAGCACCAGCACCAGCACCCAGCACAACCUGCGAUUCCCGAGAGCACGCAACAAGCGAGGGCUCCGCGCAGUGGAACCGGCAAUGCUGAAAUCUCCGUACAUAACGGCCGUCUGACCCCUUUGCGCCCUCUUUUCUUCGUUUUGUUAACCUCUCUUUGUCCCUGUGGCUUUCUGAUACCCCCAGACCAGCUCGUCCCGUCGUUGUCUUCCUUCUUUUUUCCCUCCCGUCGUGCUGCUGUUUGCGUGAGAAGAACAGGAAUAGAUCCGGUCCAGGAUGCCUUUCAACACUGCGCUGACGCGCAAGCUGGGGAUCAGAGUCCCCGUCGUGCAGGGUGGCAUGCAAUGGGUUGGGUACGCCGAGCUGGCAGCGGCCGUCUCCAACGCCGGCGGCCUGGGUAUCCUCACGGCCCUGACGCAGCCCACGCCCGAAGACCUCCGCAAAGAGAUUCGACGAUGCCGGACCAUGACCAACAAGCCGUUCGGCGUCAACAUCACGCUCCUGCCGGCCAUGGUGCCGCCAGACUACGGUGCGUACGCGCGCGUCGUGGUUGAGGAGGGCGUCAAGAUCGUCGAGACGGCCGGCAACUCGCCCGGCCCCGUUAUCAAGCAGCUUAAGGCCGCCGGCGUCAUCAUCCUGCACAAGUGCACCACCAUCCGCCACGCCCAGUCCGCCGUCAAGCUCGGCGUCGACUUCCUCUCCAUCGACGGCUUCGAGUGCGCCGGCCACGUCGGCGAGUCCGACAUCACCAACUUCAUCCUCCUCUCUCGCGCCCGCCAGUCCCUCAGCGUGCCCUUCAUCGCCUCUGGCGGCUUCGCCGAUGGCCAGGGCCUCGCCGCCGCGCUUGCGCUCGGCGCCGAGGGCAUCAACAUGGGCACCCGGUUCAUGUGCACCGUCGAGGCCCCCAUCCACAUCAACAUCAAGAAGGCCAUCACGGAGGCCGAAGAGACCGACACCGAGCUCGUCAUGAGGAAGUGGAGGAACACCUCCCGCCUGUUCUCGAACAAGGUCGCCAAGCAGGCCGUCGCCAUCGAGAAGGCCGACACGACGGGAGAUUUUGCCAAGUCGGGCAUUGGUCAGUACGUCUCUGGCCAGAGGGGUCGCCAGGUCUUCAUCAACGGCGACAAGGAUUAUGGCGUGUGGACCGCUGGCCAAGUCAUCGGCCUGAUCCACGACAUUCCCACUUGUGAAGAGCUCCUCAAGCGCAUCGAAAAGGAGGCCGUAGAGACCUUGGCCGCGAAGCAGAGUCUGUACGUUCCAGACAGCAAGCUAUAGAUCUGAUUUUUGGUUCUGUCACGUGCUCGGUAUAUAGUGUACAAUCUAUUCAUCUUCCGAACACGACCUCUUGGGUCCCG